UAAGCCGUGCGGGGCCAGGCCGCGCCCUCCCCGGGCGCCCGCCGGCUCGCAUGCCGAGGGGCUCCGGGGCGUAGCUGCGCGCCGGGCGCCGCCUCCGGGCUCCUCCGGCCCCGCCAUGGGCUGCUGCAGCUCCGCCUCCUCCGCCGCGCAGAGCUCUAAACGAGAAUGGAAGCCGCUGGAGGACCGUAGCUGUACAGACAUCCCAUGGCUGCUGCUCUUUAUCCUCUUCUGCAUUGGGAUGGGAUUUAUUUGUGGCUUUUCAAUAGCAACAGGUGCAGCAGCAAGACUAGUGUCAGGAUACGACAGCUAUGGAAAUAUCUGUGGGCAGAAAAAUGCAAAGUUGGAAGCAAUACCAAACAGUGGCAUGGACCACACCCAUCGGAAGUAUGUGUUCUUUUUGGAUCCAUGCAAUCUGGACUUGAUAAACCGGAAGAUCAAGUCUAUAGCACUGUGCGUGACAGCAUGUCCAAGACAAGAACUGAAAACCCUAAGUGAUGUUCAGAAGUUUGCAGAGAUGAAUGGAUCAGCACUAUGUAGCUACAACCUAAAGCCUUCUGAAUAUACUACAUCUUCAAAAGCUUCUGUUCUAUGCCCCAAACUACCAGUUCCAGCGAGUGCACCUAUUCCAUUCUUCCAUCGCUGUGCUCCUGUGAACAUUUCCUGCUAUGCCAAGUUUGCAGAGGCCCUGAUCACCUUUGUCAGUGACAAUAGUGUCUUACACAGGCUGAUUAGUGGAGUAAUGACCAGCAAAGAAAUUAUAUUGGGACUUUGCUUGUUAUCACUAGUUCUAUCCAUGAUUCUGAUGGUGAUAAUCAGGUAUAUUUCAAGAGUACUUGUGUGGAUCUUAACGAUUCUGGUCAUACUGGGUUCACUCGGUGGCACAGGGGUACUGUGGUGGCUAUAUGCAAAGCAAAGAAGGUCUCCCAAAGAAACCGUGAUUCCUGAGCAGCUUCAAAUAGCUGAAGACAAUCUUCGGGCCCUCCUCAUCUAUGCCAUUUCAGCCACAGUGUUCACAGUUAUCUUGUUCCUGAUCAUGCUGGUCAUGCGCAAGCGCGUUGCUCUCACCAUCGCCCUGUUCCACGUGGCUGGCAAGGUCUUCAUUCACUUGCCGCUGCUAGUCUUCCAACCCUUUUGGACUUUCUUUGCUCUUGUCUUAUUUUGGGCAUACUGGAUCAUGACACUUCUUUUUCUUGGCACCGCUGGCAGUGCUGUUCAGAAUGAGCAAGGCUUUGUGGAGUUCAGAGUUUCUGGGCCUCUGCAGUACAUGUGGUGGUUCCAUGCAGUGGGCCUGAUAUGGAUCAGCGAAUUCAUCCUGGCCUGUCAGCAGAUGACUGUGGCGGGGGCUGUGGUAACAUACUAUUUUACUAGGGAUAAAAGGAAUUUGCCAUUUACACCUAUUUUGGCAUCAGUGAAUCGCCUUAUUCGUUAUCACCUGGGUACAGUGGCAAAAGGAUCUUUCAUUAUCACGUUAGUCAAAAUUCCACGAAUGAUCCUUAUGUACAUGCACAGUCAGCUCAAAGGAAAGGAAAAUGCUUGUGCUCGAUGUGUGCUGAAAUCUUGCAUUUGUUGCCUUUGGUGUCUUGAAAAGUGCCUAAAUUAUCUAAAUCAGAAUGCAUACACAGCCACAGCUAUCAACAGCACCAACUUCUGCACCUCCGCGAAGGAUGCCUUUGUCAUUCUUGUGGAGAAUGCUUUACGGGUGGCUGCCAUCAACACAGUGGGGGAUUUCAUGUUGUUCCUAGGCAAGGUGCUGAUAGUCUGCAGCACAGGCUUGGCUGGGAUUAUGCUGCUCAACUACCAGCAAGAUUACACAGUCUGGGUGCUGCCUCUGAUCAUCGUCUGCCUCUUUGCUUUCCUAGUCGCUCAUUGCUUCCUGUCCAUUUACGAAAUGGUAGUGGAUGUAUUAUUCUUGUGUUUUGCCAUUGAUACAAAAUACAAUGAUGGGAGCCCUGGCAGAGAAUUCUAUAUGGAUAAAGUGCUGAUGGAGUUUGUGGAAAACAGUAGAAAAGCAAUGAAAGAAGCUGGUAAGGGAGGCGUUGCUGAUGCCAGAGAGCUGAAACCGAUGGUAGGUGGAGAUGAGGAGGUGGCCGGCCUCCAAGAGUUUCAUUUUCACUUCCUCUCUCUCAGUGUCUUCACUGACUGCACUUCUUCGGGAGAAGCUGUUGUUAUCUGUAUCACGCAGGAUGUUCUGCUCUUUCUGUUUGUGUGUUUACCCAUCACUUGGAUGGCAGAACUCUUGUCACAACUGAGACCACCUUCUGUAAAAGUAAGCUGAAAGGAACAGUGUCUUUUCCCGUGCUCCUGGUGGGGAGGGACUGUUUCUGUCCCUAAAGUAAAAUUGCCAUUUCUCGGGUGGAGGGUGUUUGUUUUGUUUUGUUUUGUUUUUUUCCUUUUUAACUGUCAGUGUUUGGUUUUCAUCAGACUGAACAUUUGGUUGCACACGUGAACUGACAGUUUGAUUUUUGUCAUUUUUGGAAGGUGAUAAUAAUUCCUUUCAACUUGCUAAAAUUCAUAUCCCCCACGUUUUUAAUAUUGGUUUGUUUCUGUUGCUGUCUUUUUUCCCUUGCUGACUUUUUCUUCUGUUGCCUGGAUUGUACUUUCUUUGUUUCUUCAGCUAUUUUUCAGUAGGAAACAAGGUUAUUUCCAUCAACACUCACAUUCCCCGCUCAGAAAGACAACCGGGUCUUCUCUAAUCUCAGCUUGAUUGUGAGAAGGAUAAAUUAUCUCUGGUCAGGGAUACGUGUGUAUUAUAAGUACUGCACUUUAUUUGACAAAAAGCAACUCAGUCAGCAUAAGAGAAUCCUGAGUAGCUUUUCCCAUAGAUAUUCUCACCUCUGCAUAAUAACAGAUGUCUCUCACACAUAUUUGUGUAAUUACUGCUUAUUUUACCAAUGUAUUCUUAAAGAGCAUGUGACUUCAAAAUAUUAUAUAAUUGCCUCCCUCCUUAAAUGGUACAUUUUAAAUAACAUGACUUCUCAUUGCACGUAACUUCCAAAAGCGUGAGAUUAAGACUCCUCUUUCUUCUUUCUAGUUUAGUAAGUGGUUGAUUUCAUAGGUCUCCAUCUGGAGAAAUACAUAAUAUAAAACAAGCCCAUUUAAGUAUAUAAGCGUAAAGGAAAUGGGUUCGUUUAAGGUUGGGAGGGGCAUAUGUAUAUGCAUAUGAAUAUGCAAAAUAAUUGCAUAUUCAACCUAAAUUGAAGCCUCAGCAGAAUGUGUAGAUAUAAACUCUUUCUCCAUAACCCCCUUCCAAGGCCUAUUUUGGUGUUGCUUUUAAUAGCACUGAUGAUUAUAAAGUCAUACCUUCAGUGUUUAGUUCCCAAGUAUAGAUCACUCUAAUUUUAAGUAAAAGGAUGUAGAGCUCUUAGUUUUAAGCAUGCAUUAGCCAGAACUGCAUUGAGUGGGCAAGAGGCACCAUCAGCAUUGCCCAUGGUCUGGUUGCUUGCCUUCCCUACCCUUUCUAUAUCCCUCUUACUUGCCACUGGCCAAUGGAGAAAGCAGUAAAGAUUCUUGCCAAUCUUCUGGUGGCAUGGGUAAAUGAGGAAGGCUUUCUUCGUGUCAUUCUUGGCUUAUCUUACUUGUUCAGUAAAUAAGGUUCCCAACCUAUAAAUUUAAAAAGGUAAAAUAUAAAAUCUUAAAAUGUAAACCCUCUUCUCUCUACCACUUUCUGUCUUUCUAGUGGUUGGCACUUCUAUUAAAUCAUUUGUCAGUAAUAGUCAUUUUUCCAAAGGGAGAAAUAUGUGGAGGUCUACACUAUCUUAGUUUGAACCAUGAAUUGACAUGUAUUUUUUUUUUUUUUGCAUUAUCCUUUAGUGAGAGAUAAAUUGUGGUAGACCAGAUGGCAAGUAUGCCUUCUCUCCUCAAAACCCUAAUUCAUAGGUAAUAAUAAUAGAAUUGCCCAAGUUAUGUGGCAUUCUACCAGAAGCUAAGAACUUAGAAAGAUUUUUUUCCCCCUAAUAUUGCUUUCAGUUUUAAAUUAUUGUUCCUUAACUCAAACACUGCUUUAAAAUCUUCAUUCAUUUUUUGCUUUUAUUUUAUAUUGUUCAUCAGCUCAUUGCUUUCAAAUUUGUGACAAAACUCUCCACUGUGUCCUGAAAUAUCUCUUUUAUGUGCAUUGUUCUUCUGGUGCUUUGGACAUUACAGCAUUUGAUCCCUAAGAAUGAUGUUUUUAUAUGGCUUAAAAACUUUGCAGGAGAGAAUUUGAGAAAUUUCUCGCAGAGUAGUUAAAUACUUGAAGCAUAAUCAAUACCUCUCAUUCUUAUCCCUCUUCUCCAUUAGCAUGGUUGGAGUUGACCACCAUCUUGGAUGUGUUCCUAAAUAAUUACCUGAGAAAUUUCUCACUAAAGUUUGGGGAUUGGUAGAAUUUAGUAUUGUUUAUUUGUAUUUGCUUGUUUUAAUUCACAUGUUAUUCCCAUAUAUGAAAGUUGUAUGAAAGCAUCAUACCUAUUUUGCCAUAUCUGUACAACCUGCUGUUUAAGUUCACUGGUCUAUCUUCUUUCUUAGUGGGAUAUUUUACUUUAGAAUUUACUUUUAGCCUAUAGAAUAAUGUUCAGGGAAAAAAAUGAGCUUUUAAAUUUCCUUUUUGACAGGGAAUCAUUGAACUAAAAUAUAAGUACUUCCAGUUUUCCUCGUGGACUUUUUUUCUUUUCUUUUUUUUUUUGAGAGAAACUCACUAGUUAAGGAAACGUCAAAGGUUUGUGAGGUCACCCUAUACAUCUUUGAAAAUUAUUUUAGAAAAAUUGAUCACAUGUGAUGUAGAAGUUAAAGAAGGAGACACUCGGCCUUCUGCCUAUAGGAAAGAAUUUAUAGAGGAAAGGGAGGGGAAAAACCUGGACACUGCAGCAACGUAGGCGGGAGAUGUAUUCUCUGCAUAUCUCAGAGCUUACCCAGAAGUGUGACUUUCCACCUUCAUAGGAAUUGCAGCCCCUUGGAAUAUAGGUUUGGGGAGAAGGGCUCUCAAUCCAUUUUGCUUUGUUGCCGCUUGUGACCAUCUAUGUAUUUGUAACAUCGUUCAUGACCUCCUUUUAAUGGUAAUUGUCUAAG